UUGAUGUUGUAAACUACUUUCGAAUUUAUAAUGUCCUGUAUAUGCCAAUUCCAUGAUCUCGGGGACAUUGACACCAGAGACCUAGUAGCGUUUCCUUUGCCUGCAAAUGACGACAUGAGCGCUUUUAACGAGGUGGAUAAAGAAUCAUCAGAGCAUAAUGGUCCUAAGAUUACGUUGUCGGCCUCAGAUCUAUCCGACUGUCGUGCAGAAAACUGGCUCCUUAAGAAAAAGUUACAGGACUACGAGGUUACAAUCGAAAACCUGGAGCAGUUGGUGACUACUAUAGUUGAAAAGCAGCAUCAAAUUCUAAGCGAAAUGUUUUACCUACGCAAAGAAAACCGAGAGCUGCAAUCCGAGUGUCAUCUUCAACGCGAGUAUCACUCAAUGGAAAGAAAUGCCCUGAUGAGGGAGCUGCAUGACGCUCAAAUCUUGUGUAGAAGUCGAAAUCUGGUCAUGGGGUGUCAAUCAGAUGGACAUCAAGGCAGUCUAAGCUUAACACCUGGGGACCCGAUCAUAAAAUCGGAUUCCUCCUUUGGUGACUUUGAAGAGGAAGACAUGAGUGAAUCGGACGACGGUGAUCAGUGCGAUUUGAGCGGUUCAAGUCAAAAUUCUGGUAGGACAUCACCAUCCUUGUCAAGCUCAGUAUCAGAGUACUCGGAAUCGGCUGACGACAGAUUUCUUAAUUACAGCAGCUCUGAUUAAGAGCCAUAUCAGUGGUAGCGAUUCGAACUAACCAGACAAAUAUUUACUACUUGAUGCCUUUGAGCUUAAAUGUACGAGUUUAUAUAUUUUUUUCAACAUUAAAUAUAGA